AUGGAACAAACAUAUCAAUAUGCGUGGAUCAUACCUUUUGUUCCCCUUCUAGUUCCUAUGUUAAUAGGAGCAGGACUUCUUAUUUUUCCCACGGUAACAAAAAAUCUUCGUCGUAUGUGGUCUUUUCAGAGUGUUUUAUUGUUAAGUAUAGUCAUGGCAUUUUCAAUCUAUCUAUCUAUUCAGCAAAUAAAUAGGGGUUCUAUCUAUCAAUAUGUAUGGUCUUGGAUAAUAAAUAAUGAUUUUUCUUUUGAAUUCGGUUACUUGAUCGACCCACUUACUUCUAUUAUGUCAAUAUUAGUCACUACUGUUGGAAUUUUGGUUCUUAUUUAUAGUGAUAAUUAUAUGGCUCAUGAUCAAGGAUAUUUGAGAUUUUUUACUUAUAUGAGUUUUUUCUGUGCUGCCAUGUUGGGAUUAGUUACUAGUUCUAAUUUUAUACAAAUUUAUAUUUUUUGGGAAUUGGUUGGACUAUGUUCCUAUCUAUUAAUAGGGUUUUGGUUUACACGACCUGGUGCGGCAAAUGCUUGCCAAAAAGCGUUUGUAACUAAUCGUGUAGGGGAUUUUGGCUUAUUAUUAGGAAUUUUAGGCUUUUAUUGGAUAACAGGCAGUUUUGAAUUUCGGGAGUUAUUCCAAAUAUUGAAUAAUUUGAUUUCGAGCAAAGAGGUCAAUCUUUUAUUUGUUACUUUAUGCGCUGCGCUGUUAUUUGUCGGUGCAAUUGCGAAAUCCGCGCAAUUUCCUCUUCAUGUCUGGUUACCCGAUGCCAUGGAGGGACCUACUCCGAUUUCGGCUCUUAUACAUGCUGCUACCUUAGUAGCAGCGGGAAUUUUUCUUGUAGCUAGGCUUCUUCCUCUUUUCUUAGUUAUACCUUACAUAAUGUAUUUCAUCUCCUUGAUAGGAAUCAUAACAGUUUUAUUAGGAGCUACUUUAGCUCUUGCUCAACAAGACAUUAAAAGAGGUUUAGCUUAUUCCACAAUGUCUCAAUUGGGUUAUAUGAUGUUAGCUCUAGGAAUGGGGUCUUACCGAAGUGCUUUAUUUCAUUUGAUUACUCAUGCUUAUUCCAAGGCAUUAUUAUUCUUAGCAGCUGGAUCCGUUAUUCAUUCAAUGGAGACUAUUAUUGGUUAUUCUCCCGAAAAAAGUCAGAAUAUGGUUAUUAUGGGCGGUUUAACAAAACACGUACCGAUAACCAAAGGUGCUUUUUUAUUAGGUACACUUUCACUUUGUGGUAUUCCGCCCCUUGCUUGUUUUUGGUCAAAAGAUGAAAUUCUUAAUGAUAGCUGGCUUUAUUCGCCGAUUUUCGCCCUAAUAGCUUGGGGCACAGUGGGAUUAACCGCAUUUUAUAUGUUUCGGAUUUAUUUAAUGACUUUUGAAGGACAUUUAAACGUUGGUUUUAAAAAUUAUAGUGGAAAAAAAAAUAACCCUGCUGAUUCAAUGUCUCUAUGGGGAAAAAAGGGUUCAAAGCCAAUUAACAAAAAUUUUCGCUUUUUCACAAUUGAUGAGAAAGGGGAGAAUCAAACCAAAAUUUCUUAUACUUCUGAUCCUUUUGAGUCAGAAAAUACUAUGUUAUUUCCACAAAUUCUAUUGUGUUUUGUAACUUUUGUAAUUGGAUUCUUAGGAAUUCCGAAGGAGCUUGGUUUCAAUCUCGACAUCUUAACCCAAUGGUUACAUCCUGCUAUUUAUCUUUUGCAUCACACUAAUUCAACAGAUUUAGCCGAGUUUUUAAAGCAUACGGUAAUUUCCGUGGGGAUUGCUUAUUGCGGAAUAUUUAUAGCAUUUUUAUUAUAUAAACCCACCUAUUCGUCUUUCAAAAGUUUUCUAUUAAUUAAUUCGUUUCAUCAAAAAAGCCUUAAGAGAGUUAUUCGCGACAAAAUAGUCUUUGUCAUAUAUGACUGGGCCUAUAAUCGUGCUUAUAUAGAUACUUUUUAUAAGAAUUUUUUUGUUUGCCAAGUACGAAGGUUUUCUCAAAUUAUUCGUUGUUUUGAUUUAAGAAUUAUUGACCAAAUAUUUAAUUGUUUUGCUUUUCUUAGUUUUAUUGCUAGCGAAGGUAUCAAAUAUUUAGGAUAUGCGAGAAUUCCUUUUUAUUUGUUUUUUUAUUUCUUUUUUGUAUCAAUCUUUAUUUUUCUGUUUUACAAAAAUUAA